CGGACCGCGCCUGCGCCUCCGCCAUGAUAAACCUACGACGACCUUCAGCUCACCGACACCACAUCACUUCAUUGCACCCACGCCUCAUCUUCAAUCUACAGCGAAGUCUACGUUUUCUACGACGAUGUCUUUCCUUCUCUUGUGAACGCCGAAUUGGCAGCCACCCAGAACUCCUUCCCGAGUUCUCCUCGACUAUCGCUUGACGAAGCCUCUCUCUCAUUUGCGCUCUGUUCCCGCCAAAAUGCUUCCAUUACUGACGCAACUGUUCCGGACACAUUACUCUCACACAAAUUCACGAUCUUUAUUACGUUAAUGCAGUAAUUCAUAGUAGCAAUACGCAUCCACGUAUCCUCAGGAUCCCGGAUACCUACUGCACGGCCCUACCAACAACCAUAACUACUAGCACAAAUAAGCCUAGCGAAACAACAACAACAUGGCUUCCAUCUUCACUUUUGACCCAGAUCCCCCGCGGGUGUCGUCGCCAUGGGCGAUGCCUCCUGUUGGCGAUCCUGCGAGUAUGUCGCCUCAACAUGGCACCAAGCUUCAUUCCUCAAAACUCGGUGUCGAUGAGGAACAACAAUCGAAUGCAAGAGCCCGGACUUCUGUUGUGGAUUACAGCACUAUUACACGAUUAGAGGCUGAACCACAGGAGGGCCCCACGGAAUACAAGCUCCACUUGCUUCUUCGACGACGACGAUCGUUCACUCGUGCCACCACUAGCACAGGACGCCACAUUUCAGGUUCUCUGCGUCGCUGUGAUAUUCCAACUCCAAUACCUGGAGGCCGUAGCGUGUCCGAAUCUGGCCACUUAUCCAAUACCCCACCUCCCCUGUCGUCGACACAGUCUCGACAACAUCGUCUUGAGCAGUUGACCACUCAACUGCUGUGGCGUCUGCAACAAUCAUGCCCCUAUCACAUAUCCUCGUCAAUGGCGCCAGUUCUCCCACACCUUCCGAAUGAUGAUCGACUGCCCAGUCCGGAUAUGUCGCAACGGCUUCUUCCCGGACUGGAGGAGAGCAAAGGAGCGCUUUACGAAAUUGGCGUUGCCGACGAUGGUACAAUUGUAGGCUUAGCGGAAGAUGAGAUGGAGGAGAGUCUUAAUAACUUGCGCGCCAUGGCCGAAAGCUUAGGUUGUGGCGUGCAAGUACUUCGCAGAGUAGCUGUGGGAGAAUGUGAGUGGGUGGAAGGUAUUGGUACCCAGCAGCAAAAUGUGUUUACAUCGACACUGUUGGUUGCUGAAGCUCUAGUGCGUCCGGAACAGCAUCUCAUCGACCCCAUGGAGAAGACUCAGCAACACACCAGUCACUUGCAGGUAGAGUCCGUAAGCGAUACAUCAUCCUUAGCUGCCUCAAUCAGUGAGACCCGGACAAUGGUGGAACAACUACGGGUUUCUUUAACUGGCGCGACGACUUCCGGUAAAUCCAGUUUACUUGGUACCUUGUCAACUACAACAUUGGACAAUGGGCGGGGGAAAAGCCGUUUGAGUCUCCUCAGGCACAGACAUGAGAUUGCAUCAGGCAUGACAAGCUCCGUGACGCAAGAGCUUAUAGGCUAUCGCGAUGUUAUUGGCAAAGUGGGGGCGACCACAACUCAGGUGAUCAGCUACGGCUCUGGAGAUGUAUCGUCAUGGAUCGACAUACACGCCUCUGUAGAAGCCGCGGAGCAGGGACGCCUAAUCUUUCUCUCCGAUUCUGCAGGGCACCCCCGCUUCCGAAGGACGACUGUUCGCGGCAUUGUUGGCUGGCAACCGCAUUGGACACUGGUUUGCGUUCCCGCGGACAGUACUGAUGAACCAUCUGGUAAAUCUGGCGCUUCACCUGCCUCCCAAGAUCUUCUCGGCCCUACUACAGUAGAUUUGGACCUAUCGCAAGCACACCUCCAGCUUUGUCUCGACCUGGAACUGCCGCUUGUGGUGGUCAUUACCAAGUAUGAUCUCGCUACCAAGGCCGGCCUGCGUCAAACACUAUCCAAAUUGUUGUCAGCACUCAAAGAUGCUGGUCGGAGACCAUGCAUCAUCUCCGAUCCGUCGACAUCCGUUUUGGAGGCGGACUUGCUCACAGUGUCCACAGCCGACUUGCAAGAAGCUGCUGGCGUAGUGCAGCUUUUGGAAGCAUCGCCAUUGGUGGCAGUACCAAUCAUACUCACAAGCGCUGUCAAAGGAACGGGCAUCAACAAACUACAUGCCUUCCUUCGCCAACUGCCUCUCCCGCCCCAGGCAGCGGCUCCACCCACAAUAUCGCUUUCUAACCUAUUCUACAUCGAAGACGUAUACAGUGUCAAGAACGGAACCGUGUCUGAUCGAGCAGCAAUCAUCGGCGGCUAUCUACGUUAUGGUGUUUUGAAAGUAGGAGACGAGCUACUUCUUGGACCAUACCCAGUAGACAUCAGCUCAGACGACAGUGAUAGUGGGAGUGGGAGACCUGCACAGCGAAACUCGCUCGUACAAACAUCUAAAUCCUUCCCUGGCGCUCUGAAAAAGUCUCACGACAGAGAUGUGAUCUCACGCGACCGACACAGUGAAUGGCGACGCGUCCGCAUCACCUCGCUGCGCAACCUGCGCCUCCCCGUUAGAACGUUAUGCGCAGGUCAAGUCGGCACCAUGAGCAUCAUGCCCAUCGACACACCGAUGUCGAGCGGGGCAAUCAACAGAAUCAGGAAGGGAAUGGUGUUGGCUGACCGCGAAGCUAAGGCGUCAAGAGUCAUGGCUGUACGAUUUGAGGGCAACCAGGCGCAAGGCGUCAGUAACCUUGGUAUUGGAAGUGCAGCCGUCGUGUAUGUUGCCAGUGUCAGAGCAUCGUCCAAGGUCGUGUCUGUUGCUACGGAGACUGUGCCUGUUGAGAAUGAUAGGAACGAGGAUGUCGACGAAGAUGAGGACGAGGAUGCGUUUGGUUUUGGCUUCGACGACCAGGCGGACCCGGAGCCUACACAUGAAAUGGCGUCAGCGACAGUGGUCACUUUCCAAUUCAUCGCCACGAGAGAAUUUGUCGAAGUGGGCGCCAAGGUGUUGGUCAUGCCGGGAGGUGGGCCUGGGCUGUCGGGAGGCAACGAGAGGGGCGCAAAAGGUGUUGCUGGUCUUGAGGGUUUUGUGGGCAGAGUUGUUGAGGAACAGUGAAGACAGAUCGUUUGAUUGUCAUGCAACGCAGUAUUGAUUCAUCGAGUGGUUGUUGUGCUUAGUACUGGCGUUGGUUGGUUCUGUGCUGGAAUUUUGUUGUUUUGGGUUUGUUUUGUACGUUUUGAUUUUGUAUGCUAUGAUUUGACUCGACGUCUAGCAUUCAAUUAUCUGUAUCUCUGUUGAAGAUUUUGCACCCCGAAUCUGCGCUCGUGUUUGACGGCCAU